UUUUAUUCACAGAUUAUGUUCACUGACCAUUACACGCUUAUCACUUUUGACUGCACUCCCAGCUGAUCUCUCGACGCUUUCAUUAGCUGUUAAAAUGCAAAGCUCAAAACGAACACUUCGUUCACAUGAGAUUCCCGUGCCACAAUUGACGAUUCCAUCGUAUAUUGGAGGCGGCAUACAAUUGAACAGUCCCCCGCUGCUUGAGACUGAACUCGAUUUACACUUCAGCCUACAAUAUCCGCAUUUUCUGAAACGUGAUGGUAACAGACUGUUGAUUCUUUUGCAACGACGUAAGAAAUACAAAACACGUACAAUCCUAGGCUACAAGACUUUAGCCGAGGGAGUCAUUCGAAUGGAUGCCGUGCUUCAAAAAUCAAUGGACAUGACGGUCGAGUUGAGUGAUGCGGGUAAAAAUGGACGACCAGGUUUUCCUAUUGCGACAAUUCGUGCAACACAAGUUUCAUCUAGUCCAGUUGAUCAAGACAAUAAGAACAACAACAGUGUUUUAAUUUCUGACAGAGGAAUUGGCAACGAAUAUUCAGAUGAAGAUGAGUAUUUCAGCUCAAAUGAAGACAACGAUGAUGGACUCUCAGGCUACGCAGCAAAACGUAAUUAUGCUUCGAAGCGUGAUAAUUACAGGAAAUUGGAGAGAAAUGAAAAUGACGCUGAAGCGGAUGAAAAUUUGGGUGGAGCGCAAGGUGACAGUGACAGUGACUUUGAAGUUAAAGUUAAAGGAUCUCGUGCCAAUAAAAUGAGUCGACAACGAAAUUUCAAGCAGAAAAUUGUCGCUCUUCUCAAGCGUUUCCGCCCCGAAGAGCUUGAAGGUGAAGUACGACGAGGACAGGGUGUUCUAAGAGGGGAACGAGAUCUCGACGCUCUCUUUCAAGAGCUUGAAUCGCUCUCGUGUGGUGAGGGUGAAGAAUCGGGUCAGGAUAUUGACAGCAUUUCGAUUGGUUCCACGCCAAAGCCUUCGUUAAGGCCAUUUUUCAAUUCAAAGCAAGAAAAUAUUUUGGAUAAAAUGCCCGUGGAGAAAAGGGAUUCGAUAAUAUCCGAUAAGAAAAUCUCGCCGAAUGGCCAAGAUCGCACAGGGGAUUCUUGGAGAGCUGACAGUAGUGGUAACGAGGGCACCGCUCACAAUACUGACCCCGAAGCACCAAAUUCUGAUCCACAACAGACUACCAGUUCACCAAAAGACGCCGCUCAAACCUCGGGUGACAAAAGAAAAACAAUUUUCCGAACCACAAGCAAUGCGCCGACAAGUGCAACGAAAAAGAAACAAUCAUUAAGUUUCACCAGUGAGACGAAGUCAGUUCCUUUAGAUGCAUGCUUAUCACCAACAAAUGUCGAACCGAGAAAAUCACUUUUGGAACAGUUGAGUCGAUCAUUUGCAACAGAUGAAUCGUCAUUGCCGGAGGUUGUAUCAAUUAUUGGACCAACUGAACCUGGUAAUCAUUUCAUUCAUCGGUUAGUGACUCUGCUGUCGACAAACAUCAAACCGAUGUUUCAAGCACACAACACUGCAGAAAUUAAAGCGAUUUUACAAUCGCUUAUGACAAAAAUUCAAAAAUAUUGCAACUCCACCGCAAAGCCACCAAGUACAAUUAAAGUUCUCCUGCUGGGCGGUGAUUGGCUACAGGGUUCCGUACUGAGACAUUAUGUUGAGCUACUCGGUUGUCGACCACCAGAUUGGCUCAAUCACAUUCGCUUUUUUAUCGUUCCAAUUGGAAACAGUGCCAUAUCGCGAUAUUUAAGCUCAAUCGACAAUAGUUAUGCAACAUUGUUUGGAAAUGAAAGUUGGCAGCAACUUUGUUCUAACUCGGACAAUUCACAAACAAAAGCUGAUGGAUUGGAAAUCACCAACAGAAUUCAACGAUAUCUGCAUAGCAGCGGUCCUUGUACUCAAAUUCCCAUCGCUGAAGCAAUGGUUAAUUAUAAAGAAGAAGAUUCAUGUCAAAUCUUUGUGCCAUUUAUAAGCGAUGUAAGGCUAGGAAAUCUUGAAGGUCCCCAAUUAUCAUUAGAUCUCGAUGAAUCUGGAAUUGGUGGAAGCACACAAUUGUCAAGUUCACCGCCAAACACUGGACGUGUUUCACCAACGCAAGUGUCAGCUCCAGCACCAGUUCAGGAACAAAUGGAACUUCAAGUUGAUUAUUGGCCUAUGCUAAGACCCAUUGGUGAUGGAAGAGACAAAAAUCAGACUAAAGGAAUGGAUCAGGGAAAGAAUAGUCUGAAGAGUACGUUCAGAAAUCUUCAGGUGUGGAGACUUCCAUUGUUUUCACAGACAGGUGAAUUCUCAAAUGGCAUGACACUCUGCUUUGCAGCCAAGGAAAAGAAGCAGAAGAUCAUGCGAUUAGGAAAGAAGAAGGAGAAAGAUCGUGAUGGUGAAAAGGAGCAAUGCAUUGAUGGAGUUGCUCGUCUUAUUUGCUCAGCAAAACAAUCGCAUCCAGUGCCAUUACGAGUUUACAUCGAUGGCACUGAAUGGACGGGAGUAAAAUUCUUCCAAUUGUCGUCACAAUGGCAAACACAUGUGAAGAAUUUUCCAGUCGCUCUAAUUGGAGCUCCGUCAUCUGAAAUAUCAUAAAAAGUUCGUGCAAGGAACAUUUCAACUAGUCAAUAACACUUAAAAGUUUAAAUUUCCUGUGCAUUUCCUCUGUGACAUUGAAUAUUACGCGACAUGGCAGAUUUGAUUUAAAUCUCGUCGCGAAUCUUUUUUAUGUAUAUUUGUGUAUAAAGCUAGUCGUUCAUCUUCGUUUAAGAUUUGUUCGAUAUCGAACUUUGUAUGUCAUUUUGACUUGAUGCUCACAUGAAGCACGUUUCAAUGAUUAAAUUCUUUUUUCCUCCUUCCUUUCCUCCUAAAUUCGAGAUGUUUUGAAAUUUUCAUUUUUCUGUUUUAAAUUCCUUUUCAGGCUGUUCAGAUGUUGGUUGAAGAUUAAUUAUUGUAGAAUUAAAUUAUUUGGAAAAUCAAAAAACCAAAAUAAAAACUUUCAAAAGAUAAUUUUUGGAUUAAUAACGACAGACAUCUGAACAGGUUGAUGAAAUUUGUACUCCAUUUAUAUGAGUAAACACCUAAUUGAUAAAAAUGUUUUGUAGAACCAAAGAUUGGAUAAAUUUUCCCUCCUUUUUAUGUUUUGUUCUUGAAAUGAGAAUGUAAAACUGUGAAAUAAAUAAAAUGAAGCAUAAUAAUCAUCACAAAGCAAAAUAAGUAUUUACAAAGACAUUAAGUGCAAUCGAGGGAUUGCGCAAUGGGAUGAGAAGCGACUGAAAAAGUUGAGUGAACAAUUUUAUCUCAUUUUUAACCAUUGAAUUGAAUUGAAUUGAAUUGUAUGCACUUUCUGCAACAUAAGAAAUGAUUAAUGCAAUGAAAUCAAUAAAGAAAUAAAUAAAUAAUUGCUUUUUUCGUUUCAUCGGAAAUGUUUAUUAAAUAAUUCUCCAAUGAUGCUUUAAAAAUAUUAUAAAAAAAGCGGAAUGGAAGAGAAAAUUAAAAUAAAAUAAAUGUGAUUUUUGAAAAGUAGAAGAAAUAGUUUUAGACGUUCAAACAAUAAAUUCGAUGGUUCACAUAAGCUAUGAAGCGUAAACCAUUGAAAAGGACAUUAGAGCGAGAAAAAUUGAAUUUGAUUUUUCCUUCUUCAUCGUCUUAUUAUUUCAUUGAAUGACGAAGACAAAAAUUUUAUAAGACGGAAGGAAACUCUUAUGACGAUAAAAUUUCUUUUAUGGACACUUUGAAAGCAAUGAGAAAGAAGGAAAGAAGAAUGUUUCCACCACAUUAGACAUUCACGCAAGUCAUUUUCCAAAGAAAGAGUGAAAAGGUGAACUUUCUUCGCAUAUCUCUUGAUGGAUAUCUUUAAAUACUUUCAUAAAUAAAGAAAUAAAAUGUGAUCUCAAUUGGAUUUUAUCACAUCACACACACAAGCAUAAAGAUAUUUAAAUAAGAUGUAAUUUUGCAACAUAUCCUGAGAAGAGAGAAGAUAAUUAAACGGACAAGGAAUUUAUCGCAACAUAAAAGUUAUUUCAAGUAGAGAAUUUAAAAGAAUGAAAUUAAAUUAAAACCGUAGAAGAUUUUUUUUUGUAUUAAAUAUCAUUUAAAUCUGAAACAAUAAAAAUGAAUUGAAAAAUCAAAAAAAUGCUCCAUUGAAUAGAAA